AUGAAAAAAGUUAUUAUUUUGUUUAUACUAGCGCACCUAGUGCUUGGUGCGAAAAGAUAUUGCAUACCAGAUAUCAAGGCAAACUGGUUCAAGGCACAUGAAUUCUGCACGACUUUGGGGAUGGAGCUGAUCUCGAUUGAAUCCCAAGCUGAGCAUAAUGCACUGAUCAAGUUCAUCAGGUCGACCGAUAAGUUUUCCAAUGCUACCCGAUUCUGGAUCGGCGCUAGUGAUCUGGCAGAAGAAGGAAUCUACACUUGGAUCUCUAGCGGUAGACUGGUCACCUUUACAAACUGGGCAGCCAACGAACCGAACAAUAUAAACAACACCGAACAUUGCAUCGAGAUAAUUCACAAUAUCUACAUAAAUCAGGUUUGGCAGUGGAAUGACAUGGAAUGUCGUAAUGAAAUCGCCUAUUUCGUCUGUGAAAGUGAGGAUAUACAGUGCGUCGAUAAUUUUUAA